UUAAAUAAUUAAUUUAAAUUUCAUAUAUAUGACAAGUCAAUUAUAAUAGUCUAUAUUUAUAAUUAAGUAAAUUUAUAGGUAACAAUCACCUAGCAUGUCUCAAGCCAUUAGGCAAGAAGUACAAGAGCACCCACUUGAAGAUAUUUACAUAAAAGAAGAAUUUUAUGACUCCGACAGUACAGAAAAUGAAGACUCCCAGGACGUAGAUUUUGGUGAAAGCAAUCAUGCUACUGAUGUAACAAUAGAAGAAGAAAUCAAACGAAGACUGGUUAAUGAUAAUAAAGAGGUGAUAAAGCGUGCCCCCAAAACCCAUAGACGUCAAUAUGAACUUUACGUGAACUUUCUGAUACAAAACAAACCAUUUGCAGUAAACCCUCCUGGAAUGCACAAAGAUUACUUUCAGCGCAAAUGGAAGGAACUAACUAAUUUAUUAAACACUUGUGGACAUGGCCCCAAAAGGACGAAAGAGUGUUGGAUGAAAAUAUUUGGCAGUUGGAGGAACCAGACGAAAGCCAAAGCUAGGAGACAGAGGACUCAAGGGUUAGCUACGGGCAGUUAUAGAAAUACUCUUACAGUUGCAGAAAUGAAAGCGUUGCAAUUGUGGGGUUCUAGUUCAUAUGCAAUUGAAGGCAAGCCAGUAGAGGCUUUCCCAUUGCAGCCUGAGUCUGUUCCUGAUGAAAUUCAACUUCCAUUAGAAGUCAUAACUGAUUGUCCUGAAGAAGAGAAAGCGAACGAUUCUCCAAUGGAAGUUCCAGUACCAACUGUGGAGACUCCUUGUAACAACGAGGAGGUUUUACCACAGCCGUCGAAUGUUAAUGAAGUUCCAACACAAAUAGCAAAUUUUAACGGCAGAUUGCACUCGCAUACAGAGGCUGAACAGAAUCUUUCUCAAUCCGCACGGAAAAAGAAACAUGAUGGUGAUGUACAGUUUGCUGUAAAAUCGAUAGAGGAACUCAUGGAAAAACAGAUAGCUGCCAUUACCCAAAUUGGGAAUGAAAUGAGUAGAUUUGCAUCGGCUGUUGAACAAUUAGCUGAAACGAAUAGGGCAAUGUUUGAGUAUUUAAUUAAGAAAAAUUGAAAAUGAAAUUAUGAAUUUAUAAUUUUUUAUAAGUAAUUUAUAUGUAUAUAUCAUUAUGUUGCAAUACUAUUCUGUAAAACUUAUUUUAACAUAUUUAUAUUGUAAG